GUUUAGUUUCGGUUUUCUGUGAAGUGCGUAAGGGAAAGCGAAACUGACUGACCGAUUAUCUUCACACAUGAGGGUUAUGUCGGUGCUGUGUCGCUGCUGUAAAGUAAUAAUGCAUUGGUUUGGAUACAAUGGGAUUCGCUCGCUUUGGCACUGGAUAGUGCGCAACAAGAAUCCUUUACUGUUCUUGCUUUUUCCACUGGUUCCACUGUUUAGAUUUUUAACUUAUUCAAAGAAAGACGGAAAUGAGCCUGAAACAAGCGACGACAACACACGUCUACUCAGGAAUUCACUUGACGAUGAAGAGAAGGUUAUUAGUGCCGGACAGAAGAGGACCUCAGACGAAGAUGGGGUGCCCGUGAGCAAGCGAGCAAAGUCUAACCAAGAGGACUUUCAAAAUGAUCGAGUUGAGACCGCUGCUAAAAAUGUUUCUAUGGUACACCCAAAUAAGUCUGAAAUACGCACAGAAAAUGCAGUUGACGAAGGGAAGAAGCUGACAAGGUCGGAAGAAGAAGAGGAAGAGUUUGACAGCACAGAGUAUCGAGUUCACACGACGGAUGAAUUCUACUGCGACUAUGAUUCAACCUGGGAGACCGACCCGAAUGGGGAGAGCCCACCCAGCAGGAUCAGACGGCCAACAAACUCCAACUAUUACAAGUUCAGUAGAUUUGAACGUGCUGCGAGAGACAUGCAGAACUACAGACAUGACUACCCUAACCAAAUCAAGACACAGCACAGGAAGAAGAACACAAAUGACGACAAGUCUAAUCUGAAUUUCUACCUUGGAAAGAAACGAUCGGUGCCAGACGGUGUCAGCAUAACUGAGUUCCAUGAACAAUGGUAUGGAGACUAUGAAAGCCUUGAGUACGUGCACACAUACAUUCAGUGGUUGUUCCCACUGCAAGAACCAGGAGUGAACUAUGAGGCCAGUACACUGACAAAGGAAGAAAUUACGGAUUUUCUUAAUCACAGCCUUGCACAGGAAAACCUGCUGAAGUCGUACAAGCUCAUGUUGGACUUUUAUGGUAUCGUGUUGUGUGAUGAAAAAACUGGAGAAGUCAGGAGAGCAAAGCAUUGGGAAGAAAGAUUUGACAACCUUAACAGUCACACACACAACAGCCUGCGCAUCACUCGCAUCCUGAAGUGUCUGGGAAACCUGGGUUACCGUCACUACCAAGCCCCUCUGGUCCGCUUCUUCCUGGAGGAGACUCUGGUCAACGGACAACUUCCAAACAUCAGGGACAGCGUCCUCAGCUACUUUAUGUUUGCUGUACUUGAUAAGAAAAAGCGCAGACGUCUCAUCAAGUAUGCAUAUUUGCAUUAUGAGCCUAAAGAUGAGUUUGUGUGGUGCCCAAAGCAAAUCCAAAACUUUUGGUCAAUGCAGCCCAAGGCAGCAAAGGAAGAGGCCGCUGACUCUCUGGAGUCGCAGGAGGACACUGUGAUUUCUGACAGUGAAGCACAAGAAGAGGAAAAACUGUCUGCAGAUGAGUCGUGUAACAAUGCAGAGUAUGAGUCUCGUGAGGGUGAAGAAACUUUCAGCCAUAAUGAAGAUUGAUUGAUGACAAUGAAAAGCUUAUUCAUCUUAUGCUGAAUAAUACUGAUAAAUUAUACUGUGUAUGGAGUGUAUGCAGAUCCAGUGAUUUAGUUCAACAGUGCAGUUAGUCAAAAGGCCUGAUUCUUUAUGGAAAUGUUUGCUUACUUCAGUAUUCAUCAGCUUUGCAUAUUUGAACUAUAAACCUAACGAUGGGUUUGUGUGGUUCCAAAGGAAAAUCCAAAACGUUGUGGUCAGGGAUGCCCAAGCACAGAAGGAGACUCUGAAUCUUAACAGUGAUUUUUUUUUAUGCUGCUCUCCUUCCUGACACAAUCUCAGAGGGAUAUGCGUCUCCGUCUGGUAUUGAAGGUUGAUGUUAAAUGUUAGGUGAAUGUCUAAACCACUAUACCAUGUGGACAAAAUUUAUGAAACACUACUUAAACAUCAUAACUACAAAAUUGUUCACGCCCCCCUGGAAAUAAACUUUUAAACUAGAAAAGCCACAAUCCUUCCUUUUCCUGAGACAACUGACAUCAACCCAUCUGUAGUUAGAUUCAAGCACCUCUGUCUGUAAUAAAAAAGGAUGAAAUGUGAUGUUUUUACUGAAAUGCCAGGCAACAUUACUGGCUGUUUUUUUUUCGGUCAGCUAAAUUUCUGUCUUCAGUUAUGUGUUUUUUAAGGAAACUGUCGGUUUCAUUAAUAUAUAUCACGUUACAUGGAUAUUGUAUCAUAUAAAUUCAUUCUCUGUCUUACAGGUGAUAAACCCCACACCUUCUUUGGUUGCAUAAAGGUUGGAUAAUGUUAUAUUGUUUAUGCAGGUUACAAUUUGAAAUGGCCUUGAAGAGGCUUGCUGAUACACUAAGCCUGUUUUUCCUCCUUAUGGUUUUAGAACCAUUCAGGUACUUGAAGUUUUUACCCUUCAUCACCUCAUAUCAUUAUUUUUUCAUUGCUUUUUAUUUUCCUUGCAGAUGUAAAAAAAAAAACAAACAAAAAAAAAAACAACCCAAAACAAUUCGAAGGAAUUUUUUUUUCUUGUAAGCUUUCGGGUUAUUUUUCAGUUUCAUUUUAAACUGUUUUAAAUUGCUUGACGCUGGGUGGGAUAACACUUAACCACCCCCACAGGUGGAUCUAUCUGGCUUAUGGUGGCGUAAAAGUUUUCUAUUGGACUGUCUAGUCGGCGCCUCAUCAGGAGAUGUGGAUGUAUGGUUUUUUGUUUGCUUUGUUUUUCUACUGCAGCAUGGGUCAAACAUUAAAGAGGUUCUGUAUUGUAGUCAGUGUUGCUGAAGCUUGACUUUCUUCACAAUUAUAUAUAUAUAUUCAUGUUAGUACAGGCCAUGGCCAAAAUAUUAUAUGGUGGUUCUAUAUGGACUGAAAAAAUAAGCUCCUAAAUUGAAAGUUAAUUAUCGAGAUUAAUACGUGUUUUAUUACUGAAAAAGAAAAGCUUUGAUUUCUGAUCUUUAACAACUGAAACUGCUCACUUUAUCAUCUGACUCAAUAAGCUAAUAAUCAGUAUGUGUAGCUAAAACA